GUUGAUACUUCUCCACCGACCACCACCUCUAAGGUGCCCUGCGUUUCUAACUGAUGAAUAAAUUGAAGCGAGCUUUACCAAGCUCGCCUACGAAGACUUCAUCCUUUAGUGCCGUACAGGUUGUUGGUACCAGUGUUUCCACCAAAUUGUCGCUUGACCACAGUAGGACAUUACCAGCACCUCAAGACGAUGUAACACCUCGAAGUCGCGUCGAGCAGUACUGGGCUGCUCGAGCGUUGACUGCGGAGGCCUUACUAUCGGCACGAACAGAGCAUCAUCGGGAACUGCGUACACUUUCGUUCGGAGAAGAGCUGAAGCGUUCACGAGAACGUAACACUCUCAUAAAAGUAAAUGAGGAUAAAAUCGCGAGAAUGGAGAAACUGACAUGGGUCCUACUCGGCGUCAUAGUAUUUCUUGCAAUACUAAUCGUCUACGUGUCCCAUUUGAAUCAGCGUCGUGUACAACGUACACAACACUGGCGCUUACCCGCUCAUUUCACAAUACCUAUAUUAUCCCCUUUCACGUCGGUGGUCGAGCAUGAGGUGUCUGUUAUUGGCACGAAGACUAUUACUUUUUCUAUCACCGUCAUCGCUUGCUUUGCAUAUUUUGUAUAUCGACAUUGGCUCGUAUCACGUAUUCGCAAAGAAUAAGUCUAGGAUGGACCUGGACGGUGAAUCUCUUGUAAAGCAUUAUACCGUUGAUACCAACAGACUUUCUCUGCUGAUACAGCCGUUGGAAUGAACUUGUGAC